UACUGUGUUUUUUCAAGCAGUUUGUGGGUUAAUAGGUUACAUGUGCUACCAAGUUGCACUGCCUUAAAUGCUUGAAUUGAUCUCAGAUAAUUUUUCCAAAUAUGCACACCGGUUUCAAUGGCCUGUCAAUCAGGCUUGCUUAACACAAUCGAUGGUUAUCCUACAGUGCUAACUCUUGUAAACAUUCCAACAUGUACACAGGAUCAAAGUCCAUGUCACACUCGUCCUGUGACUCUGUGUGCACAGCACUGCAACUCAACAGUCUGUCACCAACAGACAAAGGAGAGCCACUGACAGAAAAUGUCUCUGCCAAAACACACAGCAGCACACGCGAUCCCAUCUCACACUCUGACCCGCCUGGCACGAGAGUGGCUGGCAGAGGACACACCAAACUUUGAUCCUGCAGGGGUCUGUGUGGGGUCCGAUGAGGUCGAGGCGAGGCUGCUGUGUAAAACAGCACACAGCAUCCUGGCAGGAAGCCCUUUCUUCACAGCAGUGUUCAAUGAGGUCGGCUGUACUGUCGACUGGAUUUACCAGGAGGGAGCUAAGAUCGGUCCAGAUGCUGUCACACUAACUGCUGUGGUGAGAGGCCCAGCAAGAUGCCUGCUCCUUGGGGAAAGGCCAGCUCUGAACUGCCUGGCCAGGUCCUCGGGCAUCGCCACCCGCUGCUCUCAACUCCAGGCAAUGGCAACGGCGAGAGGAUGGUAUGGAGACAUAGCUGGCACCCGCAAGACCACCCCAGGCUUUCGUCUGGUGGAGAAGUAUAGCAUGCUAGUUGGUGGUGUGUCCAUGCACAGGCAGGAUUUGAGUGGAAUGGUGAUGCUGAAGGACAACCAUGUCUGUGCAACAGGAAGUAUCACAGAGGCUGUGAAAGCUGUCCGGUCAGUGAGCGGCUUCAGCAGUAAGAUUGAGGUGGAGUGCUGCUCCACAGAGGAGGGCAGAGAGGCAGCCAGAGCCGGAGCAGACAUAGUUAUGCUGGACAACUUUCAGCCUCAGGAGCUCCACACUGCAGCUCAUGCAUUGAAGGAGGAGUUCCCAGCUCUACUAAUAGAAGCCAGUGGAGGAGUCAUUCUGGAGAACUUAGCUAUGUAUUUCUCCCCACAUGUGGACAUCAUUUCUCUGGGCUGCAUAACACAGGGCUGUCCAGUUGUGGACUUUUCUCUUAAAGUUCAGAAGGCUGGUGCUUCUCCAACCUCCACACACAGUCCUAUGAAUGACAAAAUAUUGUGAGUGUGUUUAUGUCCCAGAACAACUGCAGUUACAGUGAUCUUUUAUUGCUAAAGAUUAAGAAAUAUUUCAUAUCCUCUUUGCUCACUGUGUCAUCAGUCAUUCGACAAGUGUCAAAGGAGAAUUGAAACUGUACCAGAUUUGUUUUUCUCCCUCCACUGUACUUCACUAUUGGGAUGAUGUCUUCAUGUUGGUACACAGUUCUCUUGUUAUGCCAUAUGUAGUGCUGUGUGUUCUUCCCAAACAAUUCUACCUUAGUUUCAUCUGUCCCCAGGACAUUUUCCCAGUAGUGCUGUAGAGAUUCAAGGUGGUCUUUGGCAAACUUCAGGCCUGCUGCAAUGUUGUUUGUGAGGAGCAAUGGUUUCCUCUGUGGUGUCCUGCCAUGGAUAUCAUGCCUAUUUGAUAUUUUGCAUUUGGUUGACUCAUGAACAUAGACGAUAACCAAUGAAGCCUUCAAGUCUUUAACUGUUAUUCCAGGGUUUAUUUUUACCUCAUUGAGCACUCUGCUUUUUUGCAAGGCAUGGCUCACAUCAGCUGAUGCUGCAUGUGACUAGCACACUGACACUGUUUCUAAGUGUUUCUAAACCACCCCUCCAUUCUCGUUUCAUUGACUGGACUCCAGGUUUGCUAACACCUGACUCCAGUUGAUGCUUUGUGAAGCCCGGAGUUGCCAUUACCUUUUCCAUUAUUACCUUGUAUAUUUAAGGGGUGUGUUCAAUA